UGGUGUCUGGACAUAAGAGCCAGCUUUUGAAAGCUGAAGUAUCAGCAUCAGAGAGGAACAAUGGUGUAAUGCUAUUGUUAUCUUCACCAGUUGUGAAGCACAGCAUCUUUCAAGCCACUGUAGAAAUGGACAAAGAAGAAAAAAAGACUAUCAACAAGGGUCAAGAAGAUGAAAUGGAGAUUCAUGGCUAUAACUUAUGCCACUGGAAGCUCGCCAUUGUUUUUGUAGGAGUGAUUUGUACUGGUGGUUUUCUCCUCCUCCUCCUCUACUGGAUGCCUGAGUGGCGAGUGAAAGCCACAUGUAUUAGAGCUGCAGUUAAAGACUGUGAAGUGGUGCUACUCAGGACCACUGAUGAAUUUAGAAUGUGGUUUUGUGCAAAAAUUCACUUUCUUCCUCUGGAAACUCAACCAAAUUUGAAUGCAAAAUCUUUAGUUAAUAAGAUUUCUAAUGGCCAUGCUGUUCACUUAACUGAGAGUCUGACUGAAGAAAAUAGGUGUGAGAUGAACAAAUUCUCACAGACUCAGUCACAACAGAUGCGUUAUUUUACCCACCAUAGCAUAAGAUAUUUCUGGAAUGAUGCCAUUCACAAUUUUGAUUUCUUAAAGGGACUGGAUGAAGGUGUUUCUUGUACAUCAAUUUAUGAAAAGCAUAGUGCAGGACUGACAAAGGGGAUGCAUGCCUACAGAAAGUUGCUUUAUGGAGUAAAUGAAAUUGCUGUAAAAGUGCCUUCUGUUUUUAAGCUUCUAAUUAAAGAGGUUCUCAACCCAUUUUAUAUUUUCCAACUGUUCAGUGUUAUCCUGUGGAGCAUUGAUGAAUACUAUUACUAUGCUCUAGCCAUUGUGAUUAUGUCCAUAGUAUCUAUUAUAAGUUCAUUAUAUUCCAUUAGAAAGCAAUAUGUUAUGUUACAUGACAUGGUGGCAACUCAUAGUACUGUGAGAGUUUCAGUUUGUAGAGUAAAUCAAGAAAUAGAAGAGAUCUUUUCUACAGACCUUGUGCCAGGAGAUGUCAUGAUCAUUCCAUUAAAUGGGACAGUCAUGCCUUGUGAUGCAGUACUUAUUAAUGGUACUUGCAUUGUAAACGAAAGCAUGUUAACAGGAGAAAGUGUUCCAGUGACAAAGACUAAUUUGCCAAAUCCUUCCGUGGAUGUCAAAGGACUGGGGGAGGAGUUAUACAGCCCAGAGACACAUAAGCGCCACACUUUGUUUUGUGGGACGACUGUUAUUCAGACCCGUUUCUACACUGGAGAACUUGUGAAAGCCAUAGUAGUGAGAACAGGAUUUAGUACUUCCAAAGGACAGCUUGUUCGUUCUAUACUGUAUCCCAAGCCAACUGAUUUUAAACUCUAUAGAGAUGCCUACUUGUUUCUACUAUGUCUUGUGGUAGUGGCUGGCAUUGGUUUUAUCUACACAAUCAUCAAUAGCAUUUUAAAUAAGAAAGAAAUUCAGGAAAUAAUUAUUAAGUCUCUUGAUAUCAUUACAAUUACUGUACCACCUGCACUUCCUGCUGCAAUGACUGCUGGGAUUGUAUAUGCUCAGAGAAGACUGAAAAAAGUUGGAAUUUUCUGUAUUAGUCCCCAGAGGAUAAAUAUCUGUGGACAGCUGAAUCUUGUUUGCUUUGACAAGACUGGAACUCUUACCGAAGAUGGUUUGGAUCUGUGGGGGAUUCAGCGAGUGGAAAAUGCCCGGUUUCUUUUACCAGAAGACAAUGUUUGCAGUGAGAUGCUGGUAAAAUCUCAGUUUGUUGCUUGCAUGGCUACUUGUCAUUCUCUUACAAAAAUUGAAGGAGUUCUUUCUGGUGACCCACUUGAUUUGAAAAUGUUUGAAGCCAUUGGAUGGAUUUUGGAAGAAGCAACUGAAGAAGAAACAGCCCUUCAUAACCGAAUUAUGCCCACUGUGGUUCGUCCUUCCAAACAGCUGCUUCCCGAGUCUACAACUGCAGGAAACCAAGAAAUGGAGCUGUUUGAACUUCCAGCUAUUUAUGAGAUAGGAAUUGUUCGCCAGUUCCCAUUUUCUUCUGCUUUGCAACGGAUGAGUGUGGUUGCAAGGGUACUAGGUGAUAAGAAAAUGGAUGCCUACAUGAAAGGAGCCCCUGAGGUCGUUGCCAGUCUUUGUAAACCUGAAACAGUUCCAGUUGAAUUUGAAAAAGUUUUAGAAGAUUAUACCAAACAAGGCUUUCGUGUAAUUGCUCUUGCACACAGGAAAUUGGAGUCAAAACUGACAUGGCAUAAAGUACAGCAUAUUAAUAGAGAUGCCAUUGAAAACAACAUGGAUUUUAUGGGAUUGAUUAUAAUGCAGAACAAGUUAAAGGAGGAAACCCCUGCAGUACUUGAAGAUUUGCAUAAAGCCAACAUUCGUACUGUCAUGGUAACAGGUGAUAACAUGUUGACGGCUGUCUCUGUGGCCAGAGACUGUGGGAUGAUUCUACCUCAGGAUAAAGUUAUUAUUGCUGAAGCAUUACCUCCAAAGGAUGGAAAAGUUGCCAAGAUCAAUUGGCAUUAUACAGACUCCCGGACACAGUGUACUGAAUCAGCAAUUGACUCAGAGGUUAUUCCAAUUAAACUUGCCCACGAUAGCUUAGAGGAUCUUCAGUUAACUCGCUACCAUUUUGCGAUGAAUGGAAAGUCAUUUUCAGUGAUACUGGAACAUUUUCAAGAUCUUGUUCCUAAGUUGAUGUUGCAUGGCACCGUGUUUGCUCGAAUGGCACCAGAUCAGAAGACGCAGUUGGUGGAAGCACUGCAGAAUGUAGAUUACUUUGUUGGGAUGUGUGGUGAUGGUGCAAAUGAUUGUGGUGCUUUGAAGAGAGCACAUGGAGGCAUUUCCUUAUCUGAGCUUGAAGCUUCUGUGGCAUCUCCCUUUACUUCUAAGACACCUAGUAUCUCCUGUGUGCCAAACCUCAUCAGGGAAGGCCGUGCUGCUUUAAUGACGUCCUUCUGUGUGUUUAAAUUUAUGGCAUUAUAUAGCAUCAUACAGUACUUCAGUGUUACUCUCCUGUAUUCUAUCUUGAGUAACCUGGGAGACUUCCAGUUUCUCUUCAUUGAUCUGGCAAUCAUUUUGGUAGUAGUAUUUACAAUGAGUUUAAAUCCAGCCUGGAAAGAGCUUGUGGCACAGAGACCACCUUCGGGCCUUAUAUCUGGGGCCCUCCUCUUCUCCGUCUUGUCUCAGAUUAUCAUCUGCGUUGGAUUUCAGUCGCUGGGUUUUUUCUGGGUCAAGCAGUAUAAAGUGUGUGAUCCAUAUUCAGAUGUUUGUAAUACAACAAGAAGUGCGUGUUGGAACUCAUCACACUUAUACAAUGGAACUGAACUCGAUACAUGUAAAAUACAAAAUUAUGAAAAUACUACAGUGUUUUUUAUCUCCAGUUUUCAGUACCUCACAGUGGCAGUUGCCUUUUCAAAAGGAAAACCAUUCAGGCAGCCUUGCUACAAGAAUUAUUUUUUCGUUAUAUCUGUGAUUAUUUUGUAUGUUUUCAUAUUAUUCAUCAUGUUGCAUCCAGUUGCCUCUGUUGACCAGGUUCUUGAGAUUAUGUGUGUACCAUACCAGUGGCGAAUAUAUAUGCUUAUCAUUGUUGUUAUCAAUGCCUUCGUGUCUAUCACAGUGGAGAGCUUCUUCCUUGACACGGUCCUUUGGAAGGUUGUGUUCAAUCGAGACAAACAAGGAGAGUGUCGUUUCACCACCACACAGCCACCACAGGAGUCAGUGGAUCGAUGGGGAAAAUGCUGCUUGUCCUGGGCCCUAAGCUGUAGAAAGAAGACACCGAAAGCAAAGUACAUGUACCUGGCUCAGGAGCUCUUGUUUGAUCCUGAAUGGCCGCCUAAGCCUCAGACAACGACGGAAGCCAAAACUGUAGUAAAGGAGAAUGGAUCAUGUCAGAUCAGCACCAUAGCAUAGCCAAGACUGUCUCUGCUGUGCUAGUGACAGUAUUCAGAAGUAUGACCCUGGGUGUCAGAAUGGCACUGUUCAGUUUAUAUCCCUCUCAUAAUACAAUAGUCAAUUAAAAAAAAACAAAACAGUAAAUGUCAUUUGCCUCACAGUUAGUUAUUAACUAUAAAUCUGGCUUAUAUGUUCAUGCAGUAACCUAAGUAUGAUAUAUACUUUAUAUUGGGUAUAAGAGGGCUAUGUUUGGGGUUUUAGAUUUUAGCUUUUAACAUUUGUUUUCCUCUUUAAAUUUGAUUUUCACAAACUUCCUUAUUCAAAAGUUCUUUUACAUGUAGGCCCUAAAUUUGUGAUUGCUAAAAUAAUAUAGUUGUUAAUUAUAAUUAGCCUUCAGUGAAAAUAGGUUGAAAGCCUAUUUUGAUCCAGUGUUUCUCCCAAAGAAUUCUGUUAAAUAUACACCAGUUUCCUUUUAUGAUCUGGAGUUAGGAGUGAGUUUAUGUGUUGUUAUUAUUGUUAAUAGAGCAACUCAGGUAAUUUUCAUUUCUGCUUUUAUAUUCUCUGUGUAGCCUGCCUGGGUGUCAUUUCCUAGCCAGCAAGGUGCUCCACUGCUGUCUUGACGUCCUUCAUAGCAUUCCCGGGAUCCCAUGCUGGGUCUGCAGCCAGCAAUCUAGUUAGGGGAAGAAUUCUUUAACUAGAAAGGUUUUUUCGUGAGCCAUGCAUGGUGGUGCAGGCCUAUAUUUCUCCACAGGAGGCUGAGACAGGAGGAUUGUUCUUAGUCUAAGGAUAGCCUAGAAUAGAUGGUAAAACCCUGUCUUAGAAUACAUGUGUGCAGAAAGAUUGAGGUUGAUUAUUUUUCUUGGCAGUAAAACUCAUUCAUAUUUCUUCAAACCUAUUAUUUUUCUUUGAAGACUUCUAUCAUUUUAAAUGGUUUCAUUAUAUUUCUCUUUUUAACUUAAAUGAGUGGGACAGUGCUAUUUUUGUUUUUGUUUUGUUUUGAGUUAGACCUUAACGCUGGUGUAAAGACCUUAACGCUCUUUGGUUAGUGAGGCUAAAAGGAUAGUGAAUAUUGAUGAAUUUGAAUGACUUUCAAAGUGAUGUAAACUUGUAGAGCUUGUUUAAUGCCAUUAGGUGGCACCAGAGGUCAUCACAUACCUAUUUUGUUACAAGCGAGCUUGAGAAAAUAAAGAGUAUACAUUUAUUGAGCCAAAAGAAAUGUAGAAAGCAUUUUUCACAUUUGUGUUUUAUCUGACUAAUGUUCAGUUCUCAAGGAACUUGAGAAGGUUCUCAAAGCCUUCCUAGGUAGGACCUGGCAGUUUGGCAGUGCCCAGCUUAGGAAACUGGCAUUGCUAUAAGAUGGACCCUAAUUUAGCAAAACAAUGUGACAUUAUUCUAUGUUCUUAACUAACCACAUGUGUGUGCUUUUUACUGCUAGUUGAUCAUUACUUUCCUUGUACAUACUUAACUAGUGUACCAAAUGUUACCCAUAUUUGUAGAACCAUUUCUCUCUCUCUCUUUUUUUUUUUUUUUUUUUUUUUUUUUAUGUUGCAAAGACCUGAAUGAUGUUUGAUAAUUGUAGAAAAAGUAAAUUAUUCUCAGGAUCACUGUUACUGCUAUUGCCACUAGUGAUUCUUAUAAAAUACAUAACUGAAUUUUUCCAACAAAAUGUAUAUUACUAUAUGUUAGAUAAUAAGAACAAUUGUCCCAUGAAUGAUUCUAUGAAGCUAUGCAUCUUAGACCUCUUGAGCUGUGAAUUAGCACUAUUUUCUAUAGUUAUUCUGUUUUAUACUUUCCAUGUUCAUUUCAAAUAAUGCUCAUGUUAUUCUUAAAUGAUUUUCUGAAUUGUUAGGUCUUAUUCUUUAGUUUAAAUACUGAAGCAUAUAAUUAAUUGCUAACUACAGCUUAGAAACCCAGUAUCAGUUUAUAUAACAUCUUUUAAGAGCAUGAUCGUAAAGGCUAUUUUUGACACAUAAUUUUGACAUUCAUAGUUGAUAAGGGAUAUCUCAUCUGUCCAUACUGUUUUCAGAGGAACAAGGUUUUAUGUAGGUGACAGAAAGCAUUUGUAGGAAGUUAGAUUUGAACAUAGACAGGGUAGGUAAUUCCAGUUGAGAAUGUUGUUUGAAGAAUGUUUGUAAAUCUAGACAUGGGUCCUGCUUAGUGCCAUAGGUAGACUGAGUCUUCUGUAGGUCAUUACAUAGUAAGUUUGGUUCUGAAUUUUACAUUAAAUUAUUUGAGUAUAUAUAGCCCUAAAUUUUAAAAUCUGUACAUAUAUUAUUUUGAUGUAUUAAGAUUGAUAAUAUUGCUGAUUUAAAUUUUAUUUAUGCACAUACUUAAGGACAGAAAUGUCCGGGAAAGUAAUUGUUAAAUAAUGAUAUGUAACUUUUUAACUUUUUAAAUAAAUAACAAGAUUUUUUUAAUGUGGGUCUCCCUCAGGGUUGUUUCAAGUUGUUUGUUUUCCUCCCUCAAAUAUAAAUAAAUGGUGGUAACUAUGUUUCCUAUCUUCUAGCACCAACUGCUGUACAGCAGUGCUGCAAAUAGUGCUUGGGUGAGAGUGGUGAAACCAACAGCAAACCAGUACUUUUUAAGUUUUAUAAGCCUGAGAUUCGAAAGCUCCCAAACUGCACCUUCAUUUAAGCAAGCCUAUUAUUGUUUUUAUACUAUUUAUUUUGUUUCCCAUGUUGAUGAAAGUGCUGUAGUCUCAAAGGCAUGGUAAAUAAUGUGUCAUUCAUGUGUUAUCUGUUCCAAAAGCAGCAAAAGCUCAUAUCCAGUGAAGAACAACUUCAAACUUUAGAGAAUAUCUGUUCUCUUAUGCAUGCAGUUUUGAUGUAUCGAAGAAAAGGGUUUUGUAUAUUUUUGGUGGGAGGCUACUGGGAACUUUUAACAAGAUAGGGUAUUAACUUUUGUACAGUCUUGGCAUUUACACAUAUUUUUAAUGUAUUACAAUUUGGUAAUUAUGUGCACAUGAAAUUAAUAAAAGUUACUUCCUGUUAUGAUUUGUGAAUUCCCUAAGGCAGUGAAUUUUUUAAGUAACUUUAUAUAUCAGAAAUGAUACAUCUUUAUAUUUUUAAGAUUGUAUUGCUGCUCAAGAAUGGUACCCUGUUGUCAAAAAGGUAGAUAUUCAUAAUUGUACAUUCAGCAUUGUAAAUAACCUUAUAAAAUAAUCUUUUUUGAUUGAAGCUAUUCAAAAUAAAAAAAUUUUGAUGAAGUAAA